AUGACUUCUCUUAAACAAGAAACUGGUGAUGAUUUUAUUUCUACUUAUAAAGGAAUAGACAAUUCACCAAUUAACGAUGAAUCCACAGGGAUGCUUGACGAAUAUGAUUUGGAAAAUAUACCAAAUGUUGAUAAUUUUAAAAAUAUUGGAUCCGAAAGCAAUUCAGAUUGUUGA